AAAUUUGUAAGUUAUUACUCUUUUAGCCCAUUACCCUUUCAAAGGCCCAUACUGAAAAAAAGGCCGAGCCCAGAUCUCACUCUCGCCGUCGUCUUCGUUCUCGCCGUAAGUCGUACCCCCAAAUUUCGUCUCUCAAUCACCUCCAAAUUUGUUCAGGCAAUCGAGAGGGAAACAGUGCAUACAGAAUAAAUCAACACAAUUUCCGUUUCCGGUUUCGCAUUACGCAUCGAUUGUCAUGUAUCGUGCCACAUCUCCUAGAAUCAGAACCCUAAAGGGCCAGGCUGGCAAAUGGAUGCUGACUAGGUUUGCUAGUUCAAGUGCUGUUGCCGCCAAGUCAUCAUCAGGGGGUUUGUUUAGCUGGUUUACAGGAGGAAGUGCUUCCUCCUUACCUCCGUUGGACUUUCCUCUCAAGGGUAUCGAACUUCCAUCUUCUUUACCUGAUAACGUUGAACCGGGAAAGACAAAGAUAACAACCCUUUCAAAUGGAAUCAAAAUCGCCUCGGAAUCUUCAUCAAACCCUGCUGCCUCGAUUGGUUUGUAUGUUAAUAGCGGCUCAAUCUAUGAGACACCAGCCUCAUUUGGUGUUACACACCUUCUAGAACGUAUGGCUUUCAAAAGUACAUAUAAUCGAAGCCACUUGCGCGUUGUGCGGGAAGUGGAGGCAAUUGGCGGCAAUGUGACGGCCUCUGCUUCUAGAGAGCAAAUGGGUUACAGUUAUGAUGCCCUUAAAACUUAUGUUCCUCAAAUGGUAGAGCUACUUGUUGACUCUGUAAGAAAUCAAGCUUUCUUGGAGUGGGAGGUUAAAGAACAGAUUGAGAAAGUGAAGGCUGAGCUUGGUGAAUACGCCAACAAUCCUGAGGCGUUGCUGUUAGAGGCAGUUCAUUCAGUUGGAUAUUCUGGUCCACUUGCAAAUCCUCUUCUUGCGUCUGAAGGCGUACUCACCAGAAUAAACAGUACAGUUUUGGAGGAUUUUGUAGCUGCAAACUAUACAGCUCCUCGAAUGGUACUUGCUGCAACAGGAGUUGAACAUGAGGAACUGUUGAAAUAUGCCGAACCUCUUCUCUCUGAUUUGCCAGGUGGCACUCAGGUUGAGGAACCAAAAUCGGUGUAUGUUGGAGGUGAUCACCGUGUUAUGGCUGAUACAGGGAGAACUAGUUUUGCUCUUGCAUUCGAACUUCCUGGUGGCUGGCUUAAGGAGAAAGAAGCCAUGACGUUGACAGUUCUUCAGAUGCUGUUGGGCGGAGGUGGAUCUUUUUCAGCUGGUGGGCCCGGAAAAGGGAUGUACUCUCGGCUUUAUCUUAGAGUUCUGAACGAGUACCCUGAGAUUCAGUCGUUUUCAGCAUUCAGUUCUAUCUAUAACCACACCGCCAUAUUUGGAAUCCAAGCUACCACAAGUUCUGACUUUGUAUCAAAAGCCAUCGAUGUAGCAGCAAAAGAACUCCUUGCAGUUGCCACUAAUGGUGAAGUUAAUCAGGUACAGUUGGACCGUGCAAAGAAGUCAACCAAGUCAGCCAUUCUUAUGAACCUUGAAUCAAGAAUGGUUGCUUCAGAAGAUAUAGGUAGACAAAUACUGACAUAUGGAGAAAGGAAACCUGUGGAAUAUUUUUUGAAAGCUAUUGAUUCAGUAACGGCCAAUGACAUCACUUCCGUCGCGAAAAAGCUUCUUUCCUCUCCUCUCACUAUGGCUUCUCAUGGAGAUGUCCUAAACGUCCCAACUUAUGAUUCAGUCAGCCGCAAAUUCCAGUAGUGGCAGGAUUGCUUCAAAGUGCCAAAGAUCGGUACUCUUUCUUCUUCACCUUGUGGUUCUUUCAAGGUAUCUUACAGUUGAUAAUGAUGGAUAAUAAUGAUAUGUUAUUCGGCCUUUUAAAAGAAUUAUAUAAGGCAAUCCCUCGGUACCCUUAGAUUUUAAGGCUUGAUGUGUGUCCCAUGUAUUUUUUUUUUUUUUUGGAGUUUUCGAGUCGGGUCAGCCAAUGGACGAUAUACCAUUUUUGAAAUAUAUUUAUUGAAAAAUUAAUUUUGGGCCGGGAUCAACCAGUCGUUUUGUUGGA